AAUGAGUGCACCACUGAGAACGGGGGCUGUCAUGACAAGUGCUGUAAUACCAUCGGCAGCUACCACUGCAAAUGUCCAGCUGGCCAGAAACUGGAGGAAGAUGGAAAAUCAUGUGGAGACGAGGAUGAGUGUGUGGUGGUGAAUGGUGGCUGCCAACACGGCUGUGUCAACACACAUGGCUCCUUCCACUGCCAAUGCCGGGUGGGAUACAGGCUCCAUGCGGAUGGGCGCACCUGUAUAGCCAUCAAUUCCUGCAGUGUUAACAAGGGGGGCUGCGAGCAGGAGUGUGUUCAGCUCGAUGAAGACCGAUACAAGUGCCAGUGCCAGCCAGGCUACCGGCUGAAGAGGGAUGCCAGAUCCUGUGAGGUGAUAGACCCCUGCACAAGUGGGAAUGGAGGAUGCUCACAAAUCUGUCAAAAUGAGAGAGGAAUUGCAAAAUGCGAGUGUCACCCAGGGUAUUCUCUUUCUGCAGACAAAAAGUCCUGUUUAGACGUGGAUGAGUGUGCAGAAGGGAGAGCCAGGUGUGCUCAUCGUUGUGUGAACUCUCUGGGAUCCUUCACCUGUGUCUGUAAUCCUGGCUUUGAGCUGGGGGCUGAUGGAAAGCAGUGCUACCGUAUUGAAAUGGAAAUUGUCGAUAGCUGCCAGGACAACAACGGUGGCUGCUCUCACCACUGUGAGCACACGACUGCGGGGCCACGCUGCUCCUGUGAUGAUGGCUAUCGCCUGGAUUUCAAUGGCAAAACCUGCGCAGAGGUGGACGAGUGUGAGACCGGCGAGUCCUGCUGCUCCCAAUUCUGCAUCAACUACGUGGGUGGCUACGAGUGUGCCUGCAAAGCGGGGUUCCAGCCCAACGCUGACGGCUGCUCCUGUGACGAUGUGGAUGAAUGUCGUCUUGAUAAUGGCAACUGCGACCAUUUCUGUGUUAAUUCUCUGGGGUCGUACGAAUGUGUGUGUAAGGAAGGUUACAGGCUUGGUGUUAACAGAUGGUCCUGCAUUGGUGGGGAGGAGGUGGAUGUGGAGGAGACAGCGGGGUUCGCCGGGGUGCCGGGGCUGCAGUUCAGAGGUCCCCCCCAGCUUCUUCGCUUCACGCUCGGUGCCCUCUAUGAGGAUGAAGACCCACGAGGAGAACUCAGCGUGGUGCACAGGGUCGUUUGCCUUGAUAACACUUUUGGCAACGACUGUAGCUUGAGCUGUGAGGAUUGUCUGAAUGGAGGCCAAUGUAACAGUGAACACAGCGGCUGCGUUUGCUCGCCUGGGUGGACCGGCGUUAUCUGUAAUGAAACUUGUUCCCCGGGGACAUACGGCAGAGACUGCGCCGGCGUUUGCAAGUGCCAGAACGGAGGCUCCUGCGACCCUGUGACGGGGCAGUGCCGCUGCCCGCCCGGUGUGCACGGCAAGCUCUGUGAAGAUGGUUGCCCAAAAGGCCUCUUUGGGAAGAACUGUAACAAACCAUGCAACUGUGCCAACAACGGCCAUUGCCACAGACUCUACGGAGCCUGCCUCUGUGACCCCGGGCUCUACGGGCGCUUCUGCCAUCUUACCUGUCCCAGGUGGGCCUUCGGAGCUGGCUGCUCGGAGGAGUGUCAGUGCGUGAAAGAGCACACGCUGGAGUGCAACGCGAGGAACGGGACUUGCACCUGCAAACCUGGUUAUCACGGCAAAAAGUGUCAGAAAGUGUGCACACCUGGCUUUUAUGGCACUGGUUGCAAACUGAGGUGCAACUGUCCUCCUGAUGUCAUGUGUGAUCAUGAGACGGGAGUCUGCAAGCAUCCAUGUCCACCUGGCUUUCAUGGAGAAAAAUGCCAUUUAUCUUGUCAGCCUGGGAGCUUUGGGGUGAACUGUCAGCAGAGGUGCAGCUGUGGAGAAACACCGUGUGAUCCGAAGACGGGACGGUGUAUUUGCCCAGCUGGGAAGACUGGAACUACAUGUGGGCAAGAUUGCCCAGCGGGUCGGUGGGGACCAGACUGCCAGUCCUUCUGUGAGCCCUGCGCCAAUGGAGGCCAGUGCAACAGAGAAACUGGAGCCUGCGACUGUUCCCCUGGCUACACCGGGUCAUCCUGCUCAUCAGGAUGCCCCGAGGGAAGCUUUGGCCCGAGCUGUGAGUCCAGCUGUCAGUGCCAGAACGGAGCUGCCUGUGACCAUGUGAGCGGAGCCUGUACUUGUGCGGCAGGAUGGAUGGGAACGUUCUGUGGAAAAGCUUGUCCAGAUGGAUUCUUUGGGCUUGACUGCCACCAGGUGUGCAAGUGCAAGAAUGCUGCUGGCUGCGACCACGUCCUGGGCACAUGCCACUGCCUGCCUGGCUGGCUGGGAGAGACCUGUGAGCAGCCCUGCCAGGGGGACAGCUACGGGCCAGACUGCAGCCACUCUUGUCACUGUCACAAUGGAGCACUCUGUCACCAUGUAACUGGGACGUGCCUUUGUAGCCCGGGCUGGAAAGGAGCCACCUGCCAAGAAGCCUGUCCUCCUGGAUGGUAUGGUGCAAACUGCCUCCAGCGCUGCAUCUGCCAUGGCCAGGCGACGUGUGACCGGGUGACAGGCGAGUGCCGAUGUCCCCAGGGUUGGAUGGGGAUAGCAUGUGAGCUGGAGUGUGGGGACGGCAGGUACAGAGAGGGCUGUGAGCAGAACUGUAGCUGCCACCAUGGGGUUUGUGACCAGCACUCAGGGAAAUGCAUCUGCGAUGCCGGCUGGACUGGGGACCGCUGUGAUGUUGUCUGCCCGCUGGGAUUUUUUGGCAAGCGGUGUGAGGAGCGAUGUGACUGCGUACAUGCCUUGUCCUGCCACCAUCAAACUGGAGCCUGUCACUGUGAGAAGGGAUGGCGAGGGAGGCACUGUGACAAACCUUGCUUACCUGGCCGCUACGGCAUGAGCUGUGCCCGGCGGUGCCGGUGUCCCCCGGGCACCCCCUGCCAUCACCUGACGGGCGAGUGUGGCUGUCCUCCAGGAUUCACCGGCUAUGGCUGUGAGAAAACUUGUCCACCAGGCACGUAUGGUAAGAACUGUAACCGAGUAUGUCAGUGCUCUGCUGAGAAUGAGGAAUGUCACCCAGUGACUGGCGACUGUGCGUGCCACCCGGGCUACUACGGGCCCCGCUGUGACCUCCGGUGUCCAAAAGGUACUUAUGGUUCAAACUGCCAAAGUCCCUGUAAAUGCAUGAACGGUGGCCACUGCGACCCUGCCUCGGGAACUUGUGAUUGCGCGCCUGGCUUCAUUGGAGCCGACUGCAGUAACACUUGCCCUGCAAACCGAUACGGGAAGGACUGCACCCUGUUCUGUGCAUGUGGUAAAGGUCAGUGUGACCCACGGACUGGCAAGUGUACCUGUCCUCCCGGCCAAAUGGGACCCAGCUGUCAGCAAGUGUGUCCCCAGGGACAAUAUGGCCCCAACUGCCACCUGACAUGUACCUGUCAGAAUGGUGGUAUCUGUGACCACGUGAAUGGCAACUGCACUUGCGGGCUUGGCUGGACAGGAAGAUCGUGUGAGAAAGAAUGUCUCCCAGGGAAGUACGGGUCUGGCUGCAGCUUGGACUGCUCAUGCCAGCACAACAGCACUUGUGACAGAUUCACGGGCUGCUGCCUGUGCCCCGAGGGUUACUACGGCCACUCCUGCGAGCACAGGUGUCCCUUUGGAUUUUAUGGACUAAACUGUCUUCAUGCAUGUGCCUGUAAAAAUGGAGCGAGCUGCGAUGCAGUGACAGGACGGUGUGUUUGUCCUUUGGGUUAUCAAGGUGUCUUCUGUGAGAAAGGCUGUGACAGGGGCUGGUUUGGGGAGAGGUGCCAGCGUCGGUGUGACUGUGGAGAUGCUCCUUGUGAUCCAGAGACUGGGAAGUGCCUUUGCCCACCUGGGAAGACUGGUGACAAAUGUGACAUUGACUGCAGAUCAGACCGGUACGGCCCCGACUGCUCCCUGCGAUGCCAGUGUGCCAGCAAAUCCCAGUGCAAUCCAUACAACGGGAACUGUGUGUGCCCAGCCACGUGGAUGGGGCCAACCUGCAAAGAAGGUGGCCCUCCAAAGCUUCCUUUUUAUGAAGAACAAACUCAAGAAAGAGGGAAUAUUUUUCCAAGAGCUCUACAACAGUAACAUUUGGACUAAUAAAUGAACUGUUUUAUAUGCACAGACGGUAUUUGAAUUUGGAUAUGAAAACAGCAGUUGAAUUCAGCUUGAAUUGUACUGAAGUAUUCACACUUCUUAUGGAAGACUACAGAGGCUAUUUAGUAGCUGGAUCCUUUUAAAAAGUCGAAUCUGUUUCAUGUAUUUAUUCCUAGUCUCUUACCCUUCCAUUAAUCUGCUCUGGACAUUCUUUUUUGAUACAUAAUUAAUUGUUUGAAAGUUUGGACAUGUG